ACAAACUGCCAGUCCAGGAAUCAAGCUCUCACGGCUUUUUCCAACGAGGGCACUGGUAUUCAACGGUUUGUCGGAAUCCUGCCCACAGCAGCCCAGUUUUCUCUUUGACACUUUACCCUUUCCCUUCUAUAACACUCUUACCCUCCUACAUACAGUAUCGUGCAUAUUUGAUUCCUGCACUUCUUCUACUCGCCCCGCUCCAAAAUGGCCGAUAACCUGGGAGCUGUUGCACAGCUCCUUGAAGCAAGUUUGGAUCCGAGACAAAACAAGCAAGCCGAACUCGCUCUUCGCCAGGAAGAAAAAAAGCCUGGCUACUCUUUGCAGCUUCUACAGAUCACGGCAUCUGCAGCCUAUCCCUACAAUACCCGCCUUGCUAGUGCACUAUGCUUCAAGAACUUUAUCAAGUGGAACUGGACGGACGAGGACGGAAACUACAAACUCCAGGAGAAUGAGGUCACAACGAUCAAACAAGAACUCAUCAGCCUGAUGAUUUCGGUCCCGGCGGGUAUUCAGACUCAGCUGGGAGAAGCUGUCAGUGUGAUUGCUGACAGUGAUUUCUGGGAGAGAUGGGACACACUUGUGGAUGACCUUGUUUCAAGACUUCAACCCGCCAACCCUGCUGCAAACAUCGGUGUCCUACAAGUCGCACAUUCUAUUUUCAAACGGUGGAGGCCUUUGUUCCGGUCGGACGCACUCUAUAUCGAAAUCAACCAUGUUGUUGAGAAAUUCGGAGCCCCCUUCCUGAAUCUGUUUGAGCAAUUGAACAAUUUCAUUGAGCAGAACAAGUCCAACAAAGAAAACCUCGCCCAAGGAUUUGCGCAGCUAAACUUGAUGAUCAAGUUGCUCUAUGACCUUUCUUGUCACGAUCUCCCCCCUGUUUUCGAAGAUCAAAUUGCCGGGAUAGCUGGUCUUUUGCUCAAGUAUCUCACCUACGACAACCAGUUGCUGGUGACUGAUGAUGAUACUGAAGCCGGUCCGUUGGAAUUUGCGCGCGCUGCCAUUUUCCAGGUCCUGACUCUGUAUGUGCAGAGAUAUCAAGACGAUUUCAAACCCUACAUUGGUGAUUUCGUUCAGAGCUCUUGGAAUUUCUUGACCACCAUUGGCCAAGAAACCAAGUAUGACAUUUUGGUCAGCAGAGCUUUGCAGUUCCUCACUUCGGUUGCUGCUAUGCCUGAGCAUGCAAUGGUCUUCCAAGACGAGAACACUCUCAAACAAAUCAUUGAGAAGGUCAUUCUGCCUAAUGUGAGCCUUCGUGAAUCGGACGAGGAGCUCUUUGAAGAUGAGCCGAUUGAAUUCAUCCGUCGAGAUCUGGAAGGCUCGGACAGUGACACGAGACGGCGAGCUGCCACCGACUUCCUGCGGAAACUGGCCGAGAAGUUCGAAGAGAGCGUCACCAGAGUUGUUUUGCAGUAUAUUGAGCAUUACCUCACCGAGUACACCAAGGACGCGUCGAACUGGAAAGCCAAGGACACUGCCACCUAUCUUUUCUCCGCCAUUGCAGCGAAGGGAAUUGCCACUGCCAGCCAUGGUAUCACUGCUACAAACAACUUGAUCAGCAUCACCGAUUACUUCCAGAAACAUCUUGCUGCGGAUCUGGUUGGAGGGGACAGUGUGCACCCUAUCCUUAACGUGGAUGCUAUCAAGUACCUUUACGUGUUCCGAAGCAUCAUCACCAAGGAACAAUGGCAGGAGGUGCUUCCGCUUUUGGUCAACCAGCUUGCCUCCUCCAAUUACAUUGUCUACAGUUACGCAGCAAUUGCCGUCGAAAGAGCGCUUUACCUCGGUGAUAGCCAAGGCCAGCCGAUCAUCGCUCCCAGCACCAUUACACCUCUGGCUAAAGACCUGCUGCAGCACAUCUUCUCGUUGAUCCAGAAGGACCCUGCUCCUCAGAAGAUCCAGGAGAAUGAAUUUUUGAUGCGAUGUGCCAUGCGGGUGCUUAUAGUCAUCAAGGAGGGUGUGGUACCGCACACGGACGUCGUGCUGGAGCAUUUGAUCAACAUCACGCAGAUCAUCAGCAGCAACCCCAGCAACCCCAAAUUCUAUUACUACCACUUUGAAGCCCUGGGUGCCUUCAUUCGAUUUGCUGCACCUUCCAACCCCGAUAAACUUGAGCAAGCCCUUUACCCUCCUUUCGCCGGAAUUCUCCAAGGGGAUGUACAAGAAUUUAUGCCCUACAUCUUCCAGCUUUUCGCGGCUCUUCUGGAAGCCAACCCAUCGGGGACGUUGCCCAACUAUUACCAGAAUUUGAUCGCCCCCAUCCUCAUGCCCGUCAUGUGGGAUUCGAAGGGCAACACUCCCGCCCUUGUGCGGCUGUUGUCGUCCAUCAUUGGCCGUGGCUCGCAGUUCAUCAUUGAGAACCAGCAGAUUGAACCUAUCCUGGGUAUCUUCCAAAAGCUUCUCUCAUCCAGGGCAAACGAAAGCUACGGAUUUGAUCUUUUGGAAUCUGUCGUCGCAAACUUCCCGCCGACUGCCCUGGAGCAAUACUUCGUCUCGAUCAUGCAGGUGAUUCUUAUGAAACUCGAAAACAACAAGACCGAAAGCCUCCUACUUCGAUUUGUUCGCUUCUAUCACUUCAUCUCUGCGCAGGAGGAGAAGGGCUAUAGUGCCGAUUUCGUGAUUCAAGUUUUCGACAAGGUCCAACCGACCUUGUUCACCCCGAUCUACUUGAAUGUUAUCCUUCCUGAAACGCAGAAGCUCGCCCGUCCCUUGGAUCGCAAAACCGCUGUCCUGUCUUUCACCAAGACGCUCGCCAACUCGGAUGCCUUUGCCAACCGGUACAAGAAGGGGUGGGGCUUCACUUGCGAAGCUUUGCUGAAGCUUUUGGAGCUCCCUCCUCUCCCGGCUGGAAAGGACGACCUCAUUGCCGAGCACGAUGUCGAAGACAUGGCAUUCGGAGUUGGGUAUACGGCACUUAACACCGUACGAGUUCAGACUCGGGACCCUUGGCCGGAAACGGGAGCCGAUCUCAAGGCCUGGGUUGGCCAAUACUUGAAAGCAGCGGACAAGAGAACCAACGGACAGAUCUCUCAAUUUGCCCAGGAGCGUUUACAAGACCAGCUCAAGGCAUUGCUCGGCAGUUACAUCGCAUGAGCGAAACCCGCGUGAAUGGCCUGGAUAUUUGGUGGUACAACGGUUGAGUCGAGAGAGCACGUUUAAAAAAGAAAGAGGGGGCGAGGAGGAAAAAAAAUUACAUGUCCUUAUGAACCUUGCUUAGAUGACAUUGAAAUGUCCAAUUCCGUGUUAUGUACAA